AUGGCCGCGACUUCAACCGCGACGUCCAGCGUUGCCAACCUGCCGGAUUCGAACAAGUCGAGCAAGAUCGAACUGAAGAGCUUUGGCAAUGACGAUGGCGACCAGCGGCACUACGCAUCCGAUGCCGGCGAAGCUGGUGUCGGGCCAUCGGAAAGCCAUCGUCUGUCGAUGAUCGACCAAUCGCACAGCGCCGGUGGACCUGACCUGGCACCGCCCGAGUCGGUAUCAGAGCGAAACGAGUCUCAAUUACCGCCCGUCGACAGUGGGAAAGAUGCGUACAUGUUUCUGGCAGCAUGUUUCGCUCUUGACGCUUUGGUGUGGGGGUUCGCCUUGACGUUUGGUGUGUUCCAGGACUAUUACAGUACGCACGAGCCAUUCAUUGGUGAAAAGAACGUCGCGGUCAUCGGAACCAUGGCAAUGGGGAUCAUGUACCUGGAUAUGCCCAUCGUUUUCGCCAUACUGCAGUCAUUCCCCCGCUUCAAGAGAUACUCGACGACAAUUGGCCUCGUCGUCAUGUGCCUGAGCCUUUCACUCAGCAGCUUUGCCCGUACGACGAUGCAACUGAUUCUCUCCCAGGGAAUUGGCUACGCUCUUGGCGGCAGCUUCGCGUAUUCGCCGACCAUCCUGUACAUGGAUGAGUGGUUUGUGAAAAGGAAGGGCCUGGCUUUUGGCAUCAUGUGGGCCGGCGCCGGCCUCUCGGGCGUCAUCCUCCCCAUCACGAUGCAAUGGCUCCUCAACACCUACGGCUUCUCCACAACCCUCCGCAUCUGGAGCCUCGCCUGCUUCAUCCUCACCGCGCCCUUCACCUUCUACGUGAAGCCGCGCAUCCCCCUCUCGCAAGCCCCCUACGUGCGCACCUUCAACCUUCGCUUCCUCUACCGCGCGCCCUUCACCCUCCUCCAAGCCGGCAACAUCCUCGAAUCCCUCGGCUUCUUCCUGCCCAACAUCUACCUCCCCACGUACGCGCGCGCCGUCGUCGGCACCACCUCGCUCCUCGCCUCUCUAACCAUCGUGCUCUACAACGUCGCGUCCGUCUUCGGCUGCGUGCUGAUGGGCUUCAUCGUCGACCGGCUGCCCGUCACGACGUGCAUCCUCAUCUCAACCGUCGGCGCGACGCUCGGCGUCUUCGUGCUGUGGGGCGCCGCCCUCAACCUGCCGCUGCUGUACGUCUUCUGCGUCGUCUACGGCCUGUUCGCGGGGAGCUUCACGAGCACCUGGCCGGGGAUCAUGCGCGACGUGACGGUCAAGAUGCGCGGCGCCGUCGACCCCGGCAUGGUCUUCGCGUGCCUGGCGGCGGGGAGGGGGAUUGGGAAUGUUGUGUCCGGGCCGUUGAGUGAGGCGUUGGUGGGGAAGGGCGCGGAGUGGCACGCGGAAUGGGCGUAUGGGACGGGGUUUGGCCCGCUGAUCGUGUUUACCGGCGUGAGCGCGGCGCUGGGUGGGCUGAGUUGUGUGGGCCGCGUGGUGCCGAACUGGCUUUAG